AUCCUCAACGUCAGUCGCAGGACAAGCAGACACAAUGCGCGAGUGUAUUUCUAUGCAUGUCGGCCAAGCCGGCGCCCAGAUGGGCAAUGCAUGUUGGGAGCUGUACUGCCUUGAACAUGGGAUCCAGCCUGAUGGACAGAUGCCCUCUGACAAGACUAUUGGAGGAGGAGAUGACUCCUUCAACACCUUCUUCAGUGAAACGGGAGCAGGAAAGCACGUUCCUAGAGCGAUCUUUGUUGACCUGGAACCCACUGUCAUUGAUGAGGUGCGUACAGGAAUCUACCGUCAACUGUUCCACCCUGAGCAGCUGAUUACAGGAAAGGAGGACGCUGCCAAUAACUAUGCUCGAGGGCAUUACACCAUCGGCAAGGAGAUCAUUGACCUGGUUCUGGACCGGACUCGUAAACUGGCUGAUCAGUGCACUGGUCUGCAGGGAUUUCUCAUCUUCCACAGCUUUGGAGGAGGCACUGGUUCAGGUUUCACCUCCCUGCUGAUGGAGAGACUUUCCGUUGACUAUGGAAAGAAAUCAAAGCUUGAGUUUGCUGUCUACCCAGCCCCCCAGGUUUCCACAGCAGUGGUGGAACCUUACAACUCCAUCCUUACCACCCACACCACCCUGGAGCACUCCGACUGUGCCUUCAUGGUGGACAACGAGGCCAUCUACGACAUCUGCCGCAGGAACCUUGACAUCGAGCGCCCGUCCUACACCAACCUCAACCGGCUCAUCGGCCAGAUUGUGUCUUCAAUCACAGCCUCACUUCGAUUUGACGGAGCCCUGAACGUUGACCUGACAGAGUUCCAGACCAACUUGGUGCCAUACCCUCGUAUCCACUUCCCCCUGGCCACCUACGCCCCCGUCAUCUCCGCUGAGAAAGCUUACCAUGAGCAGCUGUCAGUCGCCGACAUCACCAACGCCUGCUUUGAGCCAGCCAAUCAGAUGGUGAAGUGUGAUCCCCGUCAUGGUAAAUACAUGGCCUGCUGUCUGCUGUAUCGUGGUGAUGUGGUGCCCAAAGACGUCAAUUCUGCCAUCGCAGCCAUCAAGACCAAACGCAGCAUCCAGUUUGUGGACUGGUGCCCCACAGGCUUCAAGGUUGGCAUCAACUAUCAGCCUCCGACUGUGGUUCCUGGUGGAGACCUGGCCAAGGUGCAGAGGGCCGUGUGCAUGCUGAGCAACACCACCGCCAUCGCUGAGGCCUGGGCCCGUCUGGACCACAAGUUUGACCUCAUGUACGCCAAGAGGGCCUUUGUCCACUGGUAUGUUGGGGAGGGAAUGGAAGAGGGGGAGUUCUCAGAGGCCAGAGAAGACAUGGCUGCCCUGGAGAAGGAUUACGAAGAAGUUGGCACUGACAGCGUGGGAGACGAGGAUGAAGAAGGAGAGGAAUACUAAAGAGCCAAGCAUCAUCACGCAUUCCAAAAGUGAUCAGCAAUGUAACACAUUCCCAACAACCUCCUAAUAACCUGUGGUGUUGACAUGUCAGUAAUAUCAAUAAAACACUUUCCCGAACCUUUUCA